AUGGCACCUGAAACGAAAUCGGAACCGGUGAGGGAAUGGAUUAUCCUUAUUCCCGAUGACAAAGAUUCAUUGGAGAUGCGUAUGAGAGUAAGGGAAACACAUAUCAAAGAAAUGCUCCAGCAUAUCGACUCUGGUCUAUUCCAAAUGGGCGGAGGCACUUUGGCCGGAGAUAGCGUCAACGGAAGCGCCAUCGUCGCCCGAGCCAAAUCCGAAGCCGACAUACUAGCUGUCCUCAAGAAUGAUGUCUACGCCAGAAGCGGAGUAUGGGAUCUAGAAAAUAUCAAGUUUAUUCCUUUUAAAUGCGUGUAUAGGCGGGAGCAUAUUGACGGUGCUGUCAUGGGCGCUGAGUGGAAGUUCUAA